AUGGAUUAUACACUUGACCCCAGUGUGACAACAAUGACCGACUACUACUACCCUGGUAUCUCCUCAAGCCCCUGUGAUUCGGAACUUACUCAGAGAAAUGGCAAGUUGCUCCUUGCUGUCUUUUAUUGCCUCCUGUUUGUGUUCAGUCUUCUGGGAAACAGCCUGGUCAUCCUGGUCCUUGUGGUCUGCAAGAAGCUGAGGAGCAUCACAGAUGUAUACCUCUUGAACCUGGCCCUGUCUGACCUGCUUUUUGUCUUCUCCUUCCCCUUUCAGACCUACUAUCAGCUAGAUCAGUGGGUGUUUGGGACUGUAAUGUGCAAAGUGGUGUCUGGCUUUUAUUACAUUGGCUUCUACAGUAGCAUGUUUUUCAUCACCCUCAUGAGUGUGGACAGGUACCUGGCUGUUGUCCAUGCCGCGUAUGCCCUAAAGGUGAGGACGAUCAGGAUGGGCACAACCCUGAGCCUGGCAGUAUGGCUAACCGCCAUUAUGGCUACCAUCCCAUUGCUAGUGUUUUACCAAGUGGACUCUGAAGAUGGUGUUCUACAGUGUUAUUCAUUUUACAAUCAACAGACUUUGAAGUGGAAGAUCUUCACCAACUUCGAAAUGAACAUUUUAGGCUUGUUGAUCCCAUUCACCAUCUUUAUGUUCUGCUACAUUAAAAUCCUGCAUCAGCUGAAGAAGUGUCAAAACCACAACAAGACCAAGGCCAUCAGGUUGGUGCUCAUUGUGGUCAUUGCAUCUUUACUUUUCUGGGUCCCAUUCAACGUGGUUCUUUUCCUCACUUGCUUGCACAGUAUGCACAUCUUGGAUGGAUGUAGCAUAAGCCAGCAGCUGACUUAUGCCACCCAUGUCACAGAGAUCAUUUCCUUUACUCACUGCUGUGUGAACCCUGUUAUCUAUGCUUUUGUGGGGGAGAAGUUCAAGAAACACCUCUCAGAAAUAUUUCAGAAAAGUUGCAGCCAUAUCUUCAUCUACCUAGGAAGACAAAUGCCUAGGGAGGGCUGUGAAAAGUCAUCAUCCUGCCAGCAGCACUCCUCCCGUUCCUCCAGCAUAGACUACAUUUUGUGA